UCAGCGAGCAGAGCCGUUAGGGGGGCGGCGGCGGCCAUUUUGGCUGCACAGUGACAGUGACAGGCGGUGCGGAGGGAGCGAGCGCGGCGCGCAGGGCCCGCCCGCCGUGACAGCCGCCCCGCCGCCAUGGCGGACCAGCCCGGCACCGGCACCGGCGCCCGCGCCGAGGAGCCCGGCGACGAGAAACAGGACACGCAAGAGAAAGAAACCGUCAUCCCCGAGCGAGCGGAAGAAGCGAAGCUGAAGGCCAAAUACCCCAACCUGGGCCAGAGGCCCGGCGGGUCCGACUUCCUCAUGAAGAGACUGCAGAAAGGGCAAAAAUACUUCGAUUCCGGGGACUACAACAUGGCCAAGGCGAAGAUGAAGAACAAGCAGCUGCCGAGCGCGGGGCCGGACAAGAACCUGGUGACGGGAGACCACAUCCCCACGCCGCAGGACCUGCCCCAGAGGAAAUCCUCCCUCGUGACCAGCAAGCUGGCAGGGUAACCUGCACGCCGAGGCGCUUGCGGGGUUUCUUUCCCCCCCCCCCUCCGUAUUUUCUUUCUUCUUUUGGUUAAACGGAUUGAACUUCACUGUACCAUAGGGCUGGGAUCACCAGAAUCCACGUAGUUGUUUGAAAUAUUUGCAGCAAACGCGCACCGAAACCGAGCAGAAAGCGGGCGAGGGGGGUCCCUACGCGGGCUGCGCAGGCAGAGCCGUGGCGGAUUCGGCGGGGGCCUUUCCUCGAGCGAGCGCGUUUGCUGCCUUAAUUCACGCGUUGGCCGAAACCCUGGGCCCGCCGACGUGCCGCCACCUCCCCGGGCUGCGGGAGCUGCUCGGAGCGCGAGCCCGUCCUCGUGGCAUGCGGUGCGGCUCCGCCGCAGCCCCGGGGGCCGGUUCGCUCUCCCCCCGGGACGCCCGGGCUCCCGUUGGGCUCUCGGGAAGGAAACCGCAAAGCCGGGGCGGGCGAGACGGCUGCGAGCUGCUCGGAGCUGCUCUGCAGCGGGAGAGGGGGGAAAAACCCCCGGAGAGGUGGGAAAAAUCCCCGGAGAGGAGCAAAGCGCCGGAGCCGGGGAACGGGGGGAGCAAAGAGGAGCAUUAAAGUGACGCGUGUUAACAGCACGAUGCAGCCAGGGCUUGGAUUCCUUUCCCUUUUUUUCCCCUCUCCUUUUUUUUCCUCUUGCCUUUGCUUUGUUUCAGGCGUGAAAAACAAAACGGGGGCACGUGCACGUACCAGCAGCCCCCGGCGCAGGGGCAAAGGGGUCUCGCGGGGCCGCGGCCGGCAGCUCCCGACCUGGACGCUGUAGGUCCAGCUUUUAAAGUGCGGAGCGGGGAGGAGGGGAUGUAUUUUUAGGGGAUGCCGUUAGCAAAACCCUGCUGCUAUUUCCAACCGGGAAAGCUCCGGCCGGCGUCUCUCCCGCUGCCGGGUGGGAGAGGAGCUGGGGGCCUCGGUCGCUGUCCUGCCCGCGCGACCCGCUCGGGUGCUGGUGGUGUCUGUACAACCCCCUCGAGCUGUUCGCUGUCUGUCCCAGCCGCCUUGUAAAUAGAUAUGAAUCAUAUAUAUAAAAAUAUAUAUAAUUUUUUACAUCUUC